AUGCAUUGCGGGCUGCUGGAGGAGCCUGACAUGGAUUCCACAGAGAGCUGGAUUGAAAGAUGCCUUAAUGAGAGUGAGAGUAAGCGAUACUCCAGCCACACGUCUCUGGGGAACAUGUCCAAUGAUGAACAUGAAGAAAAAGAAAAUAACAGAGCCUCGAAACCACAUUCGACACCGGCUACGCUGGAAUGGCUAGAAGAAAACUACGAGAUAGCCGAAGGUGUGUGCAUCCCCCGAAGUGCCCUCUAUAUGCAUUACCUAGACUUCAGCGAAAAGCACGACACGCAGCCUGUGAACGCGGCCAGCUUUGGAAAGAUCAUAAGGCAGCAGUUUCCAGCACUGACUACCAGACGACUGGGAACAAGAGGGCAGUCAAAGUAUCACUACUAUGGAAUAGCGGUGAAGGAGACCUCCCAGUAUUAUGACGUGAUGUACUCCAAAAAGGGAGCGGCGUGGGUGAACGAGACGGGGAAGAAAGAGGUCACGAAGCAGACAGUGGCGUAUUCACCGCGGUCCAAACUGGGGACGCUCCUGCCAGAGUUUCCAAAUGUCAAAGACCUAAAUUUGCCUGCCAGCCUGCCAGAAGAAAGGGUGUCAACCUUCAUCAUGAUGUACAGAACACACUGUCAGAGGAUACUGGACACCGUUAUUCGGGCCAACUUUGAUGAGGUCCAGAGCUUCCUGCUACACUUCUGGCAGGGCAUGCCGCCCCACAUGCUUCCUGUCCUCGGCUCCCCCACAGUGGUGAACAUCGUCGGUGUCUGUGACUCCAUCCUCUACAAGGCCAUCUCAGGGGUGCUGAUGCCCACCGUCCUGCAAGCACUGCCUGAUAGUUUAACUCAGGUCAUUCGAAAAUUUGCCAAACAGCUUGAUGAGUGGCUUAAAAUAGCACUUCAUGACCUUCCAGAGAACCUGAGGAAUAUCAAAUUUGAACUAUCGAGGAGAUUUUCUCAGAUCCUAAAGCGGCAAACAUCAUUAAACCAUCUAUGUCAGGCAUCGCGGACUGUGAUAAACAGCGCCGACAUCACCUUUCAAAUGCUGGAGGACUGGAGGAACGUGGACUUGAACAGCAUCACCAAGCAGACACUUUACACCAUGGAGGACUCGCAGGAGGAGCACAGGCAGCUUAUUAUCCACUUGUAUCAGGAGUUUGAUCGUCUGCUGGAGGAGCAGUCGCCGAUCGAGGCUUACAUCGAAUGGUUGGACUCGAUGGUGGAUCGCUGCGUUGUCAAGGUGGCGGGGAAGAGGCCCGGGAGCCUGAAGAAGGUGGCCCAACAGUUCCUGCUUAUGUGGUCGUGUUUUGGUACCAGAGUCAUCCGGGAUAUGACCCUGCACAGCGCGCCCAGCUUUGGCUCCUUUCACCUGAUCCAUCUCAUGUUUGACGACUAUGUACUUUACCUGCUGGAGUCCCUGCACUGCCAGGAGAGGGCCAACGACCUCAUGAGGGCCAUGAAAGGCGAGGGCAGCACAGCAGAGAGAGAGGAGGAAUUUACGCUGACAGAAACCGCCCCCGCCUCGCCGUCUCCGGGAUCCUACUCUCCCGCUCGGUCCGUCCACUCUGUGGGCGUCUCCUCGGCCAGCUCCCCCACAGCAGCGGUGUCCCCGGAGUACACCGGAGUACCUGCCACGACAGGCGCUGUUCAGUCAUAUACCUGGUCCCUUACAUACACAGUGACAACAGCAGGCGGGGCCGCUCCAGAGGCCGGGCAGCAGCUGUCCUGUAUGAGGAGCAGCGCUCCGGUACCCCCUCCAUCUUCUGCCCACAGGAUGCCAGUCUACACCCACAGGGAGGAGCACGGGUAUACUGGUAGCUACAACUAUGGCAGUUAUGCCAACCAGCAUCCUCACUCCAUCCAGAGCCAGUACCCGAGUUUGGCCCACGAGCCAACGAUCCCAGGCCCGCUGCACUACUCCGCCUACCACCGCUCGUCUGCACAGUACCAGCUCAACAGCCAGAUGUCCCGAAUGGAGCCUUGCCUGAUGGGCAGCACUCCUCGGUUGCACCCCACACCUGUCGCCCCCCGGUGGCCAGAUGUGUCACCUGGUAACAGCUGUUACACCAGCCCGCCUAUGCAUUCAUCCCGCUAUGCCACCUCUGGGGAUAUGUACUCACCCCUGGGCCCACGCAGGAACUCAGAGUAUGAACACUCGCAACAUUUCCCCGGCUUUGCCUACAUCAAUGGGGAGGCCACCACCGGCUGGGCCAAAUAGCUUUAAAUCUGAGAGCUGUGAACACUUUCCAAUCAAGUGCAUGAAAAAAAAGGGAACGGAGAGUAAAAUGCGCCAGCGUAAGGUAAAACGAAUCACGGCGUGGACAUUCUGACAAUUUUAAAAUACGCAUUACAUCAAUCACAUCCAAUGAUUGGCUGCAACUUGUGGGGAGGUUUAUUAAAGUUUCUUCAGCAGUCGACAGAAGAAAAGCAAAAUAGCAUUGCAGCAAAAUCAUUUUGAGAGUGCAAUGCUGCUGCCAAGCUGUGCCUUCGAUUUAAGGAAUGUACACCUCUACCAGAGUUUCCCUCGUCCGCGAGGUCGGGCGCACACGCGGUCCCACCAACCCGCCCACCCCUCCGUCAGUGAUGUCAGCAACUGACGGCUCUGCGUGCUCUAAGCUGUACAAUCUCAGUCUCCUCUUGUUGCUCAGCAGCAUCCUGUCGGGAGCCCUCUGCAGCAGAUGCUUGCACUGCGGCUCGAUGAUGAUGAUGAUGGACUGCACUGCCUUAACAUUCUCCUGGGAUACUUAACAUCACAGGUGACCGAUAUAAACUCACGAAAGACCUUGAUGGGUGUGUUAAGGUUUCGUCAUCUUGGAUACUUUUUUUUUGAAAAUGAUGAACGAUGUGACUUAGAAAGAAAAAAAGUGUAUUCUGUCGCAAGCCUUUCUGCUGUUUUUCCGUGACUAUAUAUCUAUACACACGCACACACACACACACACAUAUAUAUAAAUAUAUAUAUAUAUAGUAUGUAUUUUCUGUAACUUUGUAACAUGGUGUAUCCUUUAUUUUCUAUGUUACAAUUGGUACUUUGUUCUCUGUUUUGUAUCACUAGUAAAAGACGCAUUAACCUAGGGUUGUGUGUUCUAUAUAAUGCACUCAAAGCUACUGAGGACCUAUUACCCUAUGGGUAUUUAUAAAAAGGGAAAAAUAUCAAAGUGUACAGUAACAUGAAGUCUAGUCACUUUUCUGUAAAUAAAAGCACUGGAAACCA